AGUAAAUCCAACAUGGCAGACGGAGAGUCUGUUCGGCGGUAACUAUAGAUCAGAUCUGAGUCUUGGACUGAACCAUGAGGGAGAGACAGAGGAAAAAGAAGGGGAGGACGUGGGCGGAGGCCGCUAAAACGGUUCUGGAGAAAUACCCCAACACACCUAUGAGCCAUAAAGAGAUCCUCCAGGUGAUCCAAAGAGAGAGGCUUAAGGAAAUCAGAAGUGGAACCUCCCCGCUGGCAUGUCUGAAUGCAAUGCUGCACACAAACUCUCGUGGGGAGGAAGGGAUCUUCUACAAAGUUCCUGGCAGGAUGGGGGUCUAUACAUUAAAGAAGGACAUCUCAGAAGUGAAGGAGCUCUCAGAGGAUGGCUCCGAAGAGAGCAGCGACAAUCUGUCCGACUCCCACAGCACAGAGAACAGCAGCAGUGCCAUCACACAGGAAGGCAGGAGAGGGAGGUGGAUGAGAAGAGUUCCCUCCAAGCUGCAGUCUCAGCCGUCCUCUCCUCAGCCUCGAUGCUCGUCGCCAUCAGUCCCCACCAGCAAACUCAUCUCUCCCUCGCAGAAGCACAGCAAGAAAGCUCUGAAACAGGCUUUGAAGCAGCAACAAAAGAGGAACCAGCGGAGACAGGGAGGAAUGCCAACGAGCUCCAAUCCCAGACUGCUCCUGAAAACCAUCAAAGAUAUGACCGACAACAUUACUACAAGUACAGACUUAUGUCAUCCCGUGGUCCAGAGGAAGGUUUCUCAGAGGUCAAGCCGCCUCAGUGCAGGCCAGCUGAGACGUAGCAAGUGUACAAUAGAUGUGGAAACACCAGACUCCAUUUUGGUGAACACCAACCUACGGGCCAUCAUCAACAAGCACACAUUCUCAGUCCUUCCCCACGACUGCCAGCAGAGGCUGCUCAGACUGCUGCCUGAGGUCGACCAGCAGGCCUGCAUGGACGGCCUCCUGAAGGUCACUAGUUCUGCCUUAAAUAACGAGUUCUUCACAUCAGCGGCUCAGUCCUGGAAGGAGAGGCUGGCUGAGGGAGAGUUUACUCCUGAGCUGCAGCUACGCAUGCGGCAAGAGAUUGAGAAGGAGAAGAAGGUGGAGCUUUGGAAGGAGGCCUUCUUUGAGAACUACUAUGGGGAGAAUUCUGGUCUCAGCUUAGAAGAUUCCAAAGAGCUGACUAAGGCUGAUCAGAACCAGGAGUCUACCAGGUCCCAUCAGACUAGAACUGCUGCUCAGGCUCCAGAGGACUCCAGGGGCCCCAAAGACAGCAGACAGACAGAGGCUUCUGUUACGGCAGUGAAAGACCUGAAACCAGCUCAGGAGCCUCUGAAGACCCAGAAAGAUCCGGUCGCCACUACCGAGCCCAUGAAGACACGGCGCUCACACCAGGCUGAGGAGCGCAGGUUAAACACAGCAGCACCACCAGGGCCUGGUGUAGGGGCCGGGGCCACCGUAGUAGGGGCCAGGGCCACAGUAGGGGUCACUCCAGAAACCGAGAAACAGACUGAACCAGCUGUAGUCUCUCAAACUGAACAGGUGCUUAAAACAGAAAUAGAGGAGAUAAAAGAACCCCCACAGUCACCUGGGAUUCAGAGCAGUCCACCAAAGACUAGUCCAGACUUUAAAGAGGAUCAGCCCGUGUCUGGGGUUAAACCUGCUGAGGUGGUCUCAGAGCCCAGCAGGCCCUCAGAGUUCAGUGGUCUCUCAGAGCCCAGUGGCGCCUCAGAGCCUAGUGGCCCUUCAGAGCCCAGUGGCCCCUCAGAGCCCAUUGGGCCCUCAGAGCCCAGUGGGCCCUCAGAGUCCAGCGGGCCCUCAGAGCCACAGAAAAGGAAAUCUCUGAGUGAGGUUGGAGGUGAAGUGACUCCAGAGAAAAGGCCCAGACUGUCCUCAGUUUCCUCCAUGUCCUCGGUGUCUUCUGUUUCACCUCCGGCCUCAUCCAUAUCCAGCCCUGCGACACCGACUUCAACAACAAACCAGAGGGUUCCUCCUCUCAAGAUCCCGGUGUCACGAAUACUCCCUGUCCCUGUGUCACCCAGCCAAGUCUCCCCCAGGACCCCCCUCAGCAGCCCAGGUCGUACAGGUGCCCGUACUUUGGCUGACAUUAAAGCCAAAGCCCAGCUGGCUCGUGCACAGAGGGCGGCGGCUGCAGCGGUAGCGUCGAAGGGAGCGGUGCCUGGUCCAGGACCAGGGGGUGGUCGGAGCGAGUACCCAUCGCCCAGCCCUAGCCCAACAUCCCCGCAGACUCCAACCAGGUUGUUAACCUCUGACAGCAGCAGUCAGACCACUCCGCCUCCAUCACGACUAUCAGACUCUCUAGGUCAGCUCAGUCCUCACCAGUCUCAGUCUGACGAUAAACACAGUGGUCAUCCUGGAUCUGUCAGUGCAGGCUUUCACAAGAGCUCAAACACAUCAACACAACCCCACCCUUCCUCUGUGCAUGUUCUGAAGGGGCAGGAAAACCCACCACCUGCUGUACCAUUGACCAGGAGCAGCUCCUGUAUCCCUGCUAACAACCCUCUGGUCACUCAGCUCCUGCAGGGCAAAGAGGUUCCACUGGAGCAGAUCCUUCCUAAACCACUAUCCAAGGUGGAAGUGAAGAAUGUACCCCUCUGCAGUAAAGUAAAACCAGAGCAUAGGACUGAAAAGCCAGCGUCCUACCAGAUAAAUCCAAUAGGACGAGCCGGAGGUUUGUCUGAAUACAGACCUCACAGAGAACUGCCUGAUAAGGAGACUCAGGAGCAGAUCCUGCAGGCUCUGAUACAGAGGAAAGGCCAGCAGAGCCAGGCAUACGGAGCUCUGGGGUCUCAGCAGCAUCAGUACAAACCCCAUCAGCUGCUGUGUGCAGAUGAGAGUCAGGACCAGUCCAGAAUUUCCUUAGGCUUCUUCGGCCGUAAGAGGAUACCCAGGCCUGCAAUGACAGGACACUACCUGCUCAACGUGUCCACAUAUGGCCGAGGACCAGAGAGCAGGAGACUGCAGCAGUCCGCCAUCCCAAACAUGUCAGUGUUGGCUUUUAAAAGGGAAGGCACAGAAGGAGAGGAGGCGGCUAGGGAUGAAGAACCAGCCAGGAAAGUUUUCUCUACUGUUUCUGGGGUCAAAACGGAGCAGCAGGGAUUUUCAAUCAGCAACUUUGAUGAAACGACGAGUAUGCAGCAUUGCUCCAACGUAAAGACUGAGCCUGGAUCAGAGGACAGUGCAGCAGAAAACAACAGCACCAGCGGGACAGCCAAAGACACCAGCUCUCAUUAUCUGCCACAACCAAGGCAAGCCGACUUCUGCAAUAGUAAUCCAGGAAACUCCGAGCCAUAUCUUCCCACAGUGGACCCCAGUCACCAGCGGCCGUCUGCCUUUCAAACCCAGAGAACGCUCGAUAAUCAGGAAGCCGUAUCGGCGUCAUGCUACGGCGGCACUAUCAGCAUGUCUGUACCUCACUCUUUAAACCACAACACCGCAGGCAGCGGCUCCUCUACAGCCUCCACAGAGGCCGACAGCAGCAUCAUGUCCUUCUCAGUGACAGUCACCACCAUCCCCGCCGGUCACUCUUUAGACCACGGAAACCAGGGCCAGCCCUCGCCCGAGCAGGCCUUCAUGGAGGGCUCCAGCAUGGACGACAUGCAGUCUAAAUGCUACUGCCGACUGAAGGCUAUGAUCAUGUGUAAAGGCUGCGGAGCCUUCUGCCAUGAUGACUGCAUCGGGCCCUCCAAACUCUGUGUGUCAUGUUUAGUAGUACGAUGAUGUGACAUUAAUAAUAAUCUAAGGAGAGCGUGCAGUAGUUGGGAUUGAAGAGGUUUCUCAGAGUAAAUCAUGUCUGCAGAGGAGCAGACAGCCGAGGGUCCUGAUGGAGAGAUUUACACUGGAGGCUCGUAGUUUCACCAACAUCUGUGGAGAAGUGUUUGGUAGAAAUGUCAGCUUUCAAUCAAUCAGUAGUCUGUCAGCUCUGACAGUGUUUGCACUCGGGUAGGAUUAGUGUGAUAUAUUUUUAUAAAUAUAUAUAUAUAUAUAUGUGUGUAGUUUUUAAAGAGGAGGGAAAAUGAAUGUUGCUAUUUUUGUAGAACAUAAUGACUGUUGUGUUUUAGACUGACACUUUUUAUUAUUGGACCUAAUCAGUUAUGGUUAGAGGCAAAAAAAAGGGCGUAAAUGAUAAUCAUGGUUGUAGAGUACCUCCUAUUUGGCAUUUAUGCUCGCAUGGCAGGGAAGUGCAACUUACAGUAACUAUUUUAUAUAAAAUAACUGUACAUUUAUUACUGAACACUCAGAGUUAAACCUAGGAAGAACAUUUAAAAAGAGAAUAUGAAAGGAAUUUAAAUAAUACAGACAGGUUAGAAUUGCACAUCAUUUCUGACAGUUAGAAGGGGAAGCACUUGAAAUCAACCUGGAUAUAUAUAUGGGUAAAUAUCUGAUAAAUAUAUGAUAAAUGUCUGGUUGAUUUAUGGUCAGGAUUACGGCACUUAGAUUCAGAGACGGGGAAACAUCCUGAAUAGAAAAAGCCGACAUGUUUAUUUCUUUCAGUGAACUGAGAUGUUUUCUAUUCCAGUUUAAGGUCAGAGUCUCCUUUUACUUUGUUUUUUUUUGUUUGUUUGUUUGUUUGUUUUCUGUAGAUAAAUUCUCCUGUCAGGUGUUUUCCCUUACUAGUGCGAUUCCUAUAAAAGUAUUGAUCCCUGUAGAUGUUUUACCCUUUAAUGGUUUUAUAAAUCAAUCAUAGUCAAUAUUAUUUGGCGUCUUUGGAUGAAAAUAAAAAGACUCUUUAAUGUCAAAGUGAAA